AUGUCGCACAAGCAAGACGUCGCGACGCAGACGCUUCCAAACCACACGGUCGAGCGAAUUUCGACAAUUUCGUUAACUUCCGACAGUCUGAAGUAUCCAACUACUGCUGCUUUUUCACAGCAACAAAGUUUCUAUAUACUUAAAGUCACUUGUAUACAACAAAUUCAAUAUAACAUUCAAUUACCUCCUAAAAUGCAAAAACUCUGCGAAAGUGACAUUGGCAAAAUGGAGGUGAUCAUGUCGGGUGGAAAAUUUUGUGUUGAUAUAUCCUUUUUAAUUGAUGGUAAAUUGUUUAGUCUUAAUUCGAGAAAAGAAAAUAUUAUUUUAAAGAGAAUGUGUCGCUCAGAGAUAUGGAAAAAAUUUGGAUUCUCUGAUAUUUCACCGAUCGUCGAGCAAAAAAGGCAAUACAAUAAACGCUAUUGGGUUUUUGCAUCCGAAAAUUGCUGCAUUCCACAUGCUUCUGAUCGACGACCUUUUGGAACUCUAUCUCAAUUGACUUUUGCUUUUAAUUGGGUGGCAACGGAUAUCCUUUUUAUUUUAUCGUUACGCCGAAAAUUGGAGAGUAAGAAACGAGAGUUUUCUGCAUUUGAAAUAAUGGCUAUAGAUAUUGCGUUCCGAAGCUUAAUGCGGAAUUUGUUGGUUGAAAGAUAUCCAUUGAUUUUUUCUCCGGCCUAUCAAACCAAAUUAGAAAAAAUCACAAAAUAUAUCCCCGAUAUUUCGAAUUCCCUUACAAAUAUAAUUCAAAAUAGUCCAAACGUUGAAUUUCAGUCAAAAGCGGCUGAAUAUCUCGAGGAAAUACGAAAUAAUCUCGAUUUGUCAUUAUCCACAACUGACACGCAAAUAUCGAUAAAAGAUAUCUUGGGUGAUGCAUUAUAUACAGCUGCUUAUAAUUUAAAAGUACCAACUGUAUUGUUUCAUGAGUCUUCAAACGAGGACGAAGUAUCAAAUGAUAAUUAUGAAUUGGCUUUAAAGGAGCAUUGUCACAAGACGCUCGACGUGAAAUCGACAAAACUCGCAAAAUCUCAAACAUCAUCAUCUAAACAAGUUCAAAUCAUGGAAAUUGAAGCAUCAUCCAAUAGUUUUCAAUACGAGUCAGACAAUGAAAAAUUCAAUGAUUUAUUUGGGAAUGAAUCGAGCAAAGAAAUUAUUGAAGAUAAUUAUGAUAAUGAAUUAAUUUUCGAUUUGUUUGACGAUAGACACGAUGAUUUCAUUGUAGAAAACGAAGAAUACCAUAAUUUUUGGUCAUCGCGGCAAUUUGCAGAUAAAGAACAUGAAAUUAAUCGUACAGGUUCUGACGAUUUUGAAGAUAUUUUUAGUCCAGUUGAGGAGAAGUCAAUCUGUUCAACUACACCUUCUCCUUUAUUGUCGACAAAUUCUACUAUCAUCAAUACAUGCUUUGGAUCAUCAGAACAAUUGACUGCUUCUACUAGUGGUACGCUUCAGAGAACUGCGAGUGUAUUAAUGGAUAGAACAGAGUAUUAUCACAAUCAGAAUGUGCAGCAACAGCCACUGCCAACAGCAGAAGACGAUUUCUUUGAGAGCAUGUUUAACGAAUGA